CGCUACCUCCUAGAGGGGCAGUUAUCGUAGAAUAUGGCCAUAUCAGGUACCACCGUUAUUGGCGCACGGACGUUGAGGCUCCGGUGGAAACGUGCAACAUCGCCUACAUACCAACAAGGGCGAAUUAACCCCCCUCACCGUCUCUCCUCGCAUCCGCCCCUGCAACUCGGUGCUCUCUCCUCUGCGCUGCUCUUUUGCGCUGCCCGAUAGCGCUGAGGCGACCCCCGAACGGCGCGCCGCCGCCGCUUGCUGACGACUCGGAACUUUUUGAUGAGCCAGCUUGGCUUCUUCUCAACUCCCUACGAAACACCACCCACGCGUCCCAAACCCCGACGCCGCCCCUCUCCUCUUCUGAUGCGCCACUCGUAGACUUCUCUUCCAUUGGCAACCCAGGUUCGCCUCCCUUCUCCCGCGAAAAUGCCCACUCCACGCUCGUUACGCCGCCAGAACCCCAUUACCUUCGUCCUUGCUGGCAUCCUCUGCAUCGGCUUCUUCAUCUUCUUCUUCUCCAGCAAUGACACCCCUUCGGUGUCGGCGCACUCGGGCUCCCGCCAGAUGGCCUCGAAUGUGCUGUCCCCGCCCUCGCUGCCCUUCCGCAAGUCGAAAGCGAACGAAGCGCAGAAGCCCCCGCCCGUCAUGCACUACUACAUGAACAACGUCACCCAGUCGCGGACGCCUGCAGAGAACGAGGAGAAGGUCCUUAUUCUCACACCGCUUGCGCGAUUCUACCAAGAGUACUGGGACAACUUGGUCAAGAUCCAAUACCCCCACGACCUCAUCUCGCUCGCCUUCAUAAUACCCAAGACGAAAGAGGGGAAUGCUGCAUAUGCGGCAUUGCAGACCCAGGUCACCAAACUGCAGAAAGGCCCAAAUAAGAAGCGCUUCGCGAGCGUCACGAUCCUCCGCCAGGACACCGAAUCACCCCUCCAGUCGCAGAACGAGGCGGAGAGGCACAAGAUAGAGAACCAGAAGUCGCGCAGGGCGGCCAUGGCGAAAGCGCGAAACUCGCUGCUCUUCACAACGCUCGGCCCGACCACCUCCUGGGUCUUUUGGCUCGACGCCGACAUCGUCGAAUUCCCGCCCACCAUCAUCCAGGACUUAGCAGCGUACGAUGCAGACAUAAUAGCGCCAAACUGCUACCAGCGCUACUAUGACGACAAGAAGAAGGCCAUGGACAUCCGGCCCUACGACUUUAACAACUGGAUAGACAGCCCGACGGCGAAGGAGCUCGCCGCGAAAAUGGGCAAGGACGAUAUCCUGCUCGAGGGAUACGCCGAGAUGCCCACCUACCGCAGCUUGAUGGCUAUGAUGUAUGAUCCAGCUGCGGACCCGGGCACCAAGGUCAAGCUGGAUGGGGUGGGUGGAGCCGCGCUGCUGGUCAAAGCCGACGUGCACAGAGACGGCGCCAUGUUCCCCGCCUUCUCAUUCUACCACCUGAUCGAAACAGAGGGUUUUGCGAAAAUGGCUCACCGAUUGAACAGGGAGAGCUACGGCCUCCCCAACUACCUUGUAUAUCACUACAACGAGUAGAUUUCUCGCCGGGGACUUCUCUUUCCUUUAGAGUGAGUGUUCUCACUUUGGCGAUCAUUGGGCGGCGUUCUGCGGUGCGAUGGCGGGCAUUUUCUAUUUCUCGAUUUCUUUCGUCUCUUCCAUUGAUAUGCGCGUUGGCAUGUUCUAUCAGAUGUAUUACAUAGGAUAGCUGUUUGAAUCUCGUUUUACACCGCCGCUGGCUAACGGUGCGGCCGCGAGCCGGGUAGGAAGCUAGGAGCUUCUCGAACUCAUUCGUGUGCUGAGAUGUAGGAACGGAACGCUCUCAAUUGAAUCAAUGCUUCCCAUUCAAAACAUACAAUCGACUUCUAUCGAGGAUCCAUACAAACGAACGCCUUGUACGCCAUGCCAAAGAAGCUCAUGCUCUAGAAACCAAAUGCCA